UAUUCCAUUUAUUCAUUGAAAACAAUUUGAGCUGCGAUACAGAAUGAUUUUCCUUCAACUCUGGUGGGCGCUGAUGGUGUUUAGUGGUUCUGGGUCCUCCCAGCAGGUCUCGACCGUAGAUGAAAAGCACCCAGUUGAGGGCAGUGACAAGUUGCUCAGCUUCAGCCGGGCGGUGGAGAAGGCUCGCCCGGAAUUGCUAGAGCUCAAGGCUUCCUAUGGCGGUCUGCAGGAACAGGAUAAUCAUAGGCAGCAGCCGCGGGAUCGACGAAACUCCAUCGACGACAUGCUGGCCAGUUUUGCCCAAGUCCCAGUCGGCGAAUCCAAGUCGACCUCCGCGGAUGAGGAGCGUUUGCUGCAGGAGGCGGCGGAUGCUUGGUUCCGCGAUAUCCAGGCAAGCAUGUCCAAGGGCAGUGCCAACCAGAAGCGCUCUGGGAGCAAACAGGAGCGGUCCGUGGGCAAGAAUGUCAUCGACCAGCACACCAAGGCCAUGGAGCGCACCGAAAUGGGCAAGGUAAAGCUCAAAUAUAAGGAGAUGCCAGACGACACCAUUGUGCGCAAGUACCAAGUGACUAAAACUCCCGCGCUUCCGCAGGAACCUGGGCUCACCCACCUGGACAUAAAGCUGAAGCAGGUUCAACAGAUGCUUAGCGAUCAUGAGAGCUUGGAGGCCAAGAAGCGGGAGAAAUCGAAGGAUGUGCGGAAGAAGGUCGACGAAUCCGGGUGGGUGGACAGGUUACCAGAGUUCGGUGAUAGCCCCAUUCCAGAUGGGAUUUACGAGAGCACCCUGAACCGCCUGGCCUUUCCCCAUGCCACGGCCAACAAGCUGGCCCACGAGGCCAACUACAAGCUUUCCAAGAUCGAGCAGGAGGCUUCCGAGAAGGCCACCAAGUACUCAAGGACCGGCAGCAUCAGCGAAGCUCCUUUCAAGCAAUUCAAGCGGAGCUCGUGCAGUGGCUUCAAUCCAAUGAAUGAGAUCAAGCUCAAGACCAGCAGUAGAUUGAUGCUUAAGGGUCUGGGACCCUCGCUGCCGAGCAACGCCCUGAUGGACAUCCAUCGCAACCGAAUGGUGGAAAGCAUGCUGCGAAGGAGGGAGCUGGAGGAGCAGCAGCAGCAGAAGUACGAGAACAGCCAGAAUUGCGAAGAGGAGGACCAGCCGAUGGGAAUACAUGGCAUAAUGACGCAGAAGGAGAACUUAGAGUACAUCCAGCCCAUCAAUCCAGUCAUGGAGACGAGUCCAAUGAUGGAGCUGCCCCAGAGCUAUGACUAUCGCGUGCCCCAGUACGAUCGCUUUCAUCCUCUGAGCCAGCGGCAAAUGACCAACGUGCGUGAUUUUGACAGGAGCAAUCGCAUGCCUUUGGACUUGGAUCGUUUCAAGAGGGAACCGCAGGAUGACUCGGUCUUGGAAACGUUGUCCCUAGAUGAGCAAGAGUUACCUCUUAAGGCCGAGGAUCAGAACAUUUCUGACCAUGAGAUGGCUAUUAAACUUGGGAUACUGGACAUUAAUGAAGGCAAAGCCAUACAUUCAGUCAAAGAGCAUGAAUCUGAAGAGAAGGCCUCUGCUGAAGAGGUUAAGUUGGAGGACUUACACGACGAAGUCAAACUAGAGGAGGAUGCUUUAAGUAAGUUAGUAGGUAAACGUCCUGAGGUAUCCUCCAUCGAAGGAAAGCUGGAGGAUAAGUCAGAGGUCAAGGUGGAGACUAAACUUUUAGGGCCAGUGAAACGAGAAACCAAGACUAAGGAUACACUCAACGAUGACACUCAAUCUGCUACGGAAGUUAAAUCAAAAGCAGAAUCAACUUCAAAAAGGGAGGUGUCGCUUGGUUUGGGCUCCAGUCGUGAGCUGCACCCAAAACUGGACGCUGUAUUGGCUUCAAAGUCCGAAAGGCAAGAAACUCUAGAGAAACGUGAAUGCCCUGAAACCCCCGAUAGCCCAGAAAAACAUGACAGUAAUCCUGAUUGCGAAACGGAGUGCAAAUCGGAGGAAGUGGAAAAGGCAGAAGCCGAUGCCGAAAGGGAUGACGGUAUUGUCAAAGUCAACAUCAAGCUAAAGCUCCAGGAGCCGGCAGAGGAAAAGUCGGAGUGCGAGGGCACCGAUAAACUGGAGCCCAAGGAGACGGCGGCAUCGGUUCCAAAAGUAAAUCCCGAUGCGGUGGUCAAAUUGUUGGCCACCGAAUUGUCCCUGGAUAAGGAUCGUGGCAAGCGGCAAACAAGGCCAGCAAGGUUCCACAGGCAGAACCGGAGAUUAAAAAGAUCCGUGGGAGACAAUGAACAGGAUGCGCAACAGCAGGAAGUAGGUUACCAGUCGCAGGGUGCCCAACAUCUGGUUAACAAACGCUUGGUUCAUCUGCUAGACGACUUCGAAGACCACAAUGGCAAUCGUGUGGCUUUCGGGAAUUUGGGGAACGGUAUGCUCACACCGGACACCGAGGAUUCGGGAGUCAGAUCGUAUCCCGGUCAUGAAACGCUGGCGCAAUAUGAAGAUCUGCAAGCCAACCAGGACCGCCUGGCAAGUAUCUACGAUCCCACCAAGGAUGUGGUGCCCAUGGUGAAUCAGCGACCCAAUGUACUUUUUCAGGGGCAGAAGCAGCAGCCGUUUCAAUUCUCACAGCCACAGCAGCAACCAAUGCAACAGCAACAGCAGCAACCGUUGCAACAGCAACAGCAGCAGCAAUUGCAACAGCAACCCCAGCAACAAGAGCCAAUUCAAGAGCAACAAAAACUAAACCGUCAACGUCACCAGUCCUCCAAUUUCCAGGCCAGUUUCAAUUUAACUCAUUUUUUUAAUGAGUUGCAAAAGCUGCAGAAUAUGAAGUCACCGCAGCAGCAGUUGCAACAGCAGCAACAAUUGCCGGUACACCAGCCAUAUCUGCCGCAGCAGCAACCAUUGCAACUGCCUCAACAGCAACUGCCCAUGCAACGAAGCAACCAGCAUUUGCCUAUCAAGCCAGUGUCACCGCCGAUAAAGUCCUUUGGAGUGCAUCGUUACUUUGGACCUUUCUUUAACAAGCAACUGAAGAACGAUCCCUACAUGGCGGCGUUGGGAACCUCGACCACCAUAGAUCCCAGAUGUGUGUCUAUUACUCCGAGCGUGCCGCCGCCACCAGUUGGAAAUACAUCUUCGGUGGCGACUUUGCCUCCGAACUGCUCGACUCCGUCGAGUUCCCCUAAUCCUGCGACCACCACGAUAUCACCUGCUGCCCCAAGUCAUACGGAGAAUGUUUGCAAUGCUCCGGAUGCCAUGAAACUCAACGUUUCCAUCAACGCCAAUGUGUGCGGGGACCCGAAGACUAAACAGUUUUACGGCAAUGGAUCCAUUAGUUUGCUGCCGGCUUACAGUAGGUUGCGCCCAGCAUCGGACUCCAAUCUCCAGGCUAUCCUUCCUCAGGAAAAUGCCGCGCAAGCCGACGACCUUAAGGUACGAGACGAAAGACGUAUUCGCGAAGUCGGAGAAGAGUCCAAAGACAAUCGUGACGAUGAGUCUAAGCCCAAAAGCGAGGAAAAGCCGAGGAAGCAGGAAGGUCAUAUGAAAAGGCCAAGCAUAAAGUGGAGCAAAAAUAAUCAAUCAAAGGAGGCUUCUCAACAAGCUCCGAAAGUGAAGUCUAAGGUAACUUCCAAUGUGGCACCCAAGGAAGUUCCAAAGGUAGCUUCAGACGUGGAACACAACACAGCAGCCAAAUGCCCUGGCCACAGACCCCGUAUAGAUACGCCUGAGUCUCGGUCGGACAGUUACGACAAGCUGAUCACUGGCAAGAUGUCCGAAGACAUUGUAUCUGCCGUCUUCGAGGCGGUUGGAAAUGAUCCGGGCAUGGAUCGCUUACUGGCAGUUCUGGAGAGGAAUCGAAAGUGUGCGCAAAAGCAGACCAAGAACUUCUACCAAAUCCGCAACGACAAAACCGAAAACUAUCUUCAUCAGACGGAAAACAUGGUGCGUGACACAAUGGAGGCCAUUAGCAAUAUCAUUGACCAGCAGGUGCGCAGACGAGCCUGCAUUCCCCUUCGUCCAGACCUCCAGGAGUUCUAUGACCUGAUUCUCAAGACAUCGCACGAGGAGCAGAAGUGUCGCGAGAAGAGGCAGAGCUCCCUUCGAGUCCUGGCCGAGGACUUCAGUCAGGAUGUGCGCCUGCUGGAUCCGACUAAAAUCAACCAAAAGUCACGGAUCGUGAAGAAGCUAUUGCGCCAGUACGAGGACCUGCCGGCGGAGGAUCAGGAGGCGGCAGUUGGAGUUCGCGACGAACUGCUUCUGGACCUCGUUUACCUGAGGAAGAUGGCCGAUUCGGCGGAGCGUCAUCAACGGAAUGCCCGACUGCAGGAGGUUCUCAAACAGACGAGCUUGGACGAGGUCCUGGAAAAGCAAAUGUCCUCCGAGUACUCGCCACGCUUCAUUAAACUUUUAAAGACUGCGGAGCUUUUCAAGGAGGCCGGUGAACAGCAGGCCAGGGCAUUUGUGGGUCUUUAAGUUACCAAUUCCUUACCGGACUUAUUUUGAUUUCCGUUUCUUUGAUGUCUGUAGUUACGUUUACUGUGAAUAAAAAUUAAAUUUGUUUAAUUAA